AGGAUUACAUUACGAUGAGAAUCUGUCCUUGUGUCGUAUUUGAGAACUUGAGCGGAGUCACAUUUCAGAAUGAAACACAGGGCAGGUUUUCUGAAACUGGGAUGUGCCUGGAUGAUGAUUUUACUGCAAAGCUCUAAUGCGGUACAUGCACCAAAGAAACAAGCUGUCACUCAUUCAUCAUGCAGGCUGAAAGAGUUGACAGCCCUCACCAAAAAAGAAGUUGAAGACAGCCUGACAAGCUUUGACCAAGCCAAUGGGAAGCACCUUGGCACUUGGUCCUCAGGAUUCCCUGAGCUUCAGGUCCACCAUAACUCCCCUGCCCAUUGGGCAAAAGUUCAGUGCAGCCUCCUCUUCAUGGCCCAAGCCCUGGAGAAGCUCCUGGAAGACCAGCGGGACAACCUGAAUCCCAAUGAUUUAUCACUUCACAAGAAGCUCAAGGACACCAUCUCCAGAGUCAACAUGCUCACAGCUUGUGUGAAGGAAUUUCACGGAGGGGAAUGCUCCCAGAAGCCCUCUCCACCCGAACUGCCCGAGCAUGCGUUUAAAAGGAAGCAGUGGGGUCACACUCUUUUGGUGGCAUCCAAGGAUUAUCUGAAAUGGCUGGAGCAUCAGAUCGGGGUCCAAAUUUCAAAGCCUUCAGAAUGAUUAAUUGUUUUGCUCUGGCCAUCUAUCCCAUGUGAGCGAGCUACGUUGCCCGAGGUAGAAAGAAAAGCUGAUAAGAAUCACCUCCACAGACUCACCAGUCUGGACUCCAAUCACUGUGGACAGAUGGACAGUGCACAGUAAGGCAGAUAAGUCUGUCAGACUCCCAUCAAAGUAAUGCAGGAGGACAACAAGACUGUACCAAGAUUAAUGUGGGCCUGUCCUUCCCAAAUUAAGUUAUUUAUUCUACUAGAUAUGAGUUUGAAAUUAGUCUUCAUAAUGUUGGAAAUCAGCAAAGUUCCUGAGAGUUUGUAUACUUUGGAAGAUGUGGAUGUUUUCUAAUAAUUAUGGGACUUCCUACAGACUGUUACAGACAUGUUGAAAAUCAUUAUCAAACUUUUUUUUUUUUUUCUGACAAAAUACAACUCUUUGAAUGCUUUCAUCGGGUCUUCUGCUCAUGCAUUAUUGCAUACAUAUAAUGUAAUGCACAUUUGCUCAUUUUAAAUAAUAAAAUGGUUGCUGAUUUUAAGUUCAUUUUGCUUGACCAUAUUGUACCAUUUCCCUUUUCUCUUGUUCAUUAAACCCAUUGAUUUUCUUCCACAUGCUUUAAAAUACAUAGUCUUCUUUUGGCCUUUGGCGACUUUAAAAAUUUUAGCAUGCUUAUA